CAGAUAGCACUAAAUCUUCGAACUUUGUUGGUCUUGGUGAAAAUUUCUAUACCAGGUUUAGUGGUAAAUUUAUGUGAAAAUGGCUUCAGUGGAUGAAUUGCAGAAGAAAAUAAAAGAGCUUGAGGCUAAAUUAGCCGCAGUUGAAGCAAAAGGAGGUCCAAUGCGGCAGAAAAUUGAAGUUAUGUCGUCCGAAGUAGUGGAUUCUAAUCCUUACAGUCGUUUAAUGGCUCUCAAAAGGAUGGGCAUUGUAAACAACUAUGAACAGAUUCGUGAGAAGACUGUAGCUGUAGUUGGUGUGGGAGGUGUCGGUAGUGUGACUGCUGAAAUGCUGACUAGAUGUGGAAUUGGGAAGCUUAUCCUCUUUGACUACGACAAAGUGGAACUUGCCAACAUGAACCGGCUGUUCUUCCAGCCUCACCAAGCAGGGCUCAGCAAGGUGGAUGCAGCUGCUGCCACAUUACAGAACAUUAACCCUGAUGUCACCAUUGAUGCUUACAACUAUAAUAUCACAACUGUUGAUAACUUUCAAAAGUUCUGCGAUACAAUUAGUAAGGGUAGUUUAACCGGUGGCCCCAUUGACCUAGUCCUUAGCUGCGUGGACAACUUCGAAGCUCGCAUGGCCAUCAACACAGCUUGCAAUGAACUCGAUCAGAAGUGGUUUGAGUCUGGUGUUAGUGAGAAUGCUGUCUCUGGACACAUACAAUUCAUUUCACCUGGGGAGUCGGCUUGUUUCGCCUGCGCCCCCCCGCUGGUGGUGGCCACUAAGGUAGACGAACGCACGCUGAAGCGGGAGGGAGUGUGUGCGGCCAGUCUACCGACCACCAUGGGAAUCGUUGCGGGAUUCCUUGUACAAAACACUCUGAAGUAUCUGUUGGAGUUCGGUAAUGUCACCCACUACCUGGGAUACAGCGCGCUCACCGAUUUCUUCCCCACGAUGAGUUUGAAGCCCAACCCCACGUGCGACGACGCGUCGUGCCGCGCGCGCCAGGAGCAGCGCCGCCUGCAGCCGCGCGUGGAGCUCGCCGCCGAGGUCACCGAGGACUGCGGACCAGUGCACCAGGACAACGACUGGGGGAUAAGCGUGCUGGAGGAGAACAGUCCCGCGGACGAGGACUGCCCGGGGUUGAAGCUCGUGGACGGAGUCCAGGUGGCGUACAGUAUCCCGGUGGACAGCAGCACCCCGGAGUCCAGCACGGGCGGCGCCGUGGCCGCCUCGGAGCUGUCGCUGGAGGACCUCAUGCAGCAGAUGAAGACGAUGUAGACUACUCGACCGACCACCGCGAACUGUUGCUCCAACAUCGACCCGGAACGUGAAUUAUUUGAGUACCGACAUAUCGUAGAGCGCGUAACGUCAUCAUUGCUACGUCACUAUUGCUGUUAGUAAACCGCUAGACCCGACGAGUGAGAGAAUCUAUAUCACACGUACAGUUGUGUUUAUUCAUUAAUGAAACAUUCCACCAGCCUCGUAACAAGUUCUG